AUAGUAAGAGUCAGCUGUUUGGCAGAGACAGCUUUCCCUCCUCAUAGCCUUUUUAUCUAUUCAUUUAUUCAUUUUCUUAUUUGCAGUGCUGAUAAGUUCGUUAUCAGGGAGAUAUGUUCAACCUCAAAUAGUUUGUUUAUCACUACUUUAUUACUGUUUUGAAGACUAAAUCUGUGACACAGUAUUUCCUUGAGGUCCAGACAACAGUGUGACAGACCUCAAACUCAGCUGCCAUGGGGUGUGUAGAGUCCUACGAAGAAAACACACCAGAAUAUACGGACAAUGAAAAUAACAGACACGUACAGAUUAAUAUAAAAUAUGGCUCACUAGGUUACAGUUAUGAAAGUGUCUUUGGUAACUAUCUCACCUCAGACGUCACCCUGGUUCUGGUUCAAGAUCCUUAUAUUCGCAGCUAUCAUCAGUGUCAGAACCUGCUGAGGUUGAGUGAGCUGUUAGUGAAGAAAUGUCCAAACUUGAGAACCAUACAACUGUUGACCUCAGAAGACACCAGCUGCGACCAGGCUCAAUGGCUCGGGAAGCUGCAGUCCGAUUUGUCUUCACAACACAGAGUCUCUCUAACAGUCCAGUUCUCUCCUACUCUGCAUGACAGACAGAUCAAGAGCAGAUGAUGUCCUCGAAGAGACACAACAGAAAUCUGGUGCGGCGACGAAUAAACAUAACCAUAGAAGAAAAUAACUCAAUUUAUAUACAAAACCAUGAUAACUCAUUACCUUUAUAAUUACGCAAUUAAUACAUAAAGUAUGACAAAAACAUGUUUUAGUGAUAGGUGAACUAGGUCAAAAGCACGCCAGACUUUGGGACGGCUUACGCCACAAUCAACAAUAUCCUGAUCUAGAUAGCAACUCCAAAUGUACCAUUUCAAUUUACCAAGUUUACAAUUUUCAAUUUUGAUAAAAAAGUUUACUGAAUGUUAUUGUGCAUACAGACGGAAACACAAAAGGACAGAAAUAUGAUAUUGGUAUACAUGUAUAACUAUGUUCAAAAUUUCAAGACUGUAGGACUUUGCAAAGUUUAAAUCGAUAAAGUUUAACUUAACAGACAGGCAAGAAAGUGAGUUAAUGGAAACUUUCAAACUACCAUACAGGAGACUCAUCCUCCAUCCAUCUCACUUGUAUCAAUGAUAACUGUCAACAACACACAAUAUUUUGCUAUGAAGAUGGCACUGCAGGUUAUGCUAACAUUUCCAAACUUUUUAUAUAAUAAUUAAAUCAAUCAAUCCAAUAAAGUAAUUUCAUGUCGUACGUUGAUAAGUUACUGAACAAUUUUCAUAUUCUGUUUGCUUAGGUACUAAUUUAUUUAUGCUAUGUGUUUUUCUCAUUUCCAACAUGGUUACCACAACACCAAUGUAGCCAGAACAAAUUUUUUUGACAGAGAUAAUUUGGAACUCCCGAACCGAUUUUUCCUAUGUAGACCAUUUAUAGUAGCGGUGUGACGGCAGGAGAGAUUGUUUAACACUAAAUUUCAACACUUGUGGUCGACUUGUUCGACUAUUUACUGUGUGUAAAGAUAGACAGAAUUCAGAUUUCGUUCAUCAUAAACUGGUGGGAGAUGCUUUGCUAAACUCUCAUCCAACAACCAAAAUCUUUGUGAAUCACGUGGCCAGUGAGUCCGAACAUUCAUUCAAAUAUAACUUUAAAAGGUAAUGAUACUUCCUUACUAUGGUUAUGUACUUAUAUUUUCUUGAAAAUAUAAGAAUAAGAAAUAGUUUAUUCCUCCAUUAUUUUAUAGUUAAACUAAUAGAGACAUAUUAGUCUCUGUAAACCUACAAUUACUAGCCAUAAUAUUAAAUAUCUAUGGCUAGCACAACUUAAACUAACAUAAUUAUUUAUAUAUUAACCCUUUGACUAGUAAUCCUGCAAUGGAUUUGGGAGCGCCCUACGUGCUUCCUGCAGUAAUUCUGAUAGCUGAUAGCAGUAAUAUCUAUGACGCUAAACAGUUUUCAUAACAAUGUUUCAUGAUGAAUAAUCUUUUGUUUGAAUACGAAUGCAAUCUAACGGAAUAAAUUAGAAACAGUUUCAAGUAGUUUUUGUCGUUCCCACUAGACUGAAGUUGCUCUUUUAUUUAUUUCUUUCAGACCCGAUUGACAAUAUUCAGGCCAUAUGAUGGAAUUCAGGCCAUUUGACAGUAUUCAGGCCAUUUGACAGUAUUCAGGCCAUAUGACAGUAUUCAGACCAUAUGACGGUAUUCAGGCCAUAUGACGGUAUUCAGACCAUAUGACGGUAUUCAGGCCAUAUGACGGUAUUCAAUCAGCUGUUCCAAGUAAUCACCUGAUUCUAUUUCUGUUUGUGUAGAGAAUACAGGUUGUAACUUUACUUUUCUGUUAGCGGUUGACUUGGUUGUAAAUGUUUUGUUGUGUUUACCGUGAGUAAUUAACAAGGCUGUUUGUGUAAUU